AUGGAAAAAGGCAGGCUCUACCACUGCGACGUGUGCUCGUCAGAUUGCACUAAUCGUAUCCGAAUCAAAUGUGCCAUCUGUGCGGAUUACGAUCUCUGUGUUCCGUGCUUUGCGUCGGGCUCCUCGACCCUAGACCAUAAGCCAUGGCACGAUUACCAAAUCAUCGAACAGAACACCUAUCCCAUAUUUGACCGAGAUUGGGGUGCUGAUGAAGAAAUGCUCCUCAUUCAGGGUUGUGAAACGUUUGGUUUGGGCAAUUGGCAAGAUAUUGCUGACCACAUAGGCAAUCGUCUGAAGGAAGAAGUAGCUCAGCAUUAUAACGAAAUCUAUUUGGAGCUGAGCGAUUAUCCACUUCCUGAGAUGAAUAAGGACUUCUCAGACAUUCUGCCGACGGAGUUCUUGCAACAGCGCAAAAACCGCUUAGAGGAGCGCCGCAACAUGCCGCUUCCUCCUCCAAAACUCAAACCGGCCGCUUCGGUGCCGCUUUGUCACGAAAUUCAGGGCUACAUGCCUGGAAGACUCGAAUUUGACCACGAAGCUGAGAAUGAGGCCGAAGUGCCUAUCAAGGAUAUGAUAUUUGACCCCGAUGACUCAGCUGGAGACAUCGAGCUCAAAUUGACUAUUUUGGACAUUUACAACCUGCGGUUGACCACCAGAGCAGAGCGCAAGAGAGCGUUGAUCGCCAACAACUUGCUCGAGUACAGGAAAAACAUCGCCAAUGACAAGCGGAAGUCUAAAGAGGAGAAAGAGUUGAUGCGUAAGAUCAAUGCUUACGUGAGAAUCAUGACACCCGAAGACUUUGAAGAGUUCUCCAAUGAUAUGUUGACGGAAUUGCGGUGCCGGAUGCGUAUUCAGCAACUCCAGAACUGGCGCCGCAACGGUAUUACCACUUUGGAGGAUGGCUCAAAGUACGAAAAGGAUAAACUUAUCAGACAAGCCCAUUAUCAGCGUAUGGGCAAUGGUUCUGGAUUGGCGGCUAGAAACGCCGCAGCACAAAUGGCAUUGGCCAAUGGUAGCCGAAAGGUAAGCACACCGCAGCCAGAAUACAAGCCAAAGAUCAAUGUCAGCAAUGCUCGAGCACCAUUGGACAUCUCCAAUGCCACAGACUUUGAGCUUCUAUCACCGGAAGAGAAGCAAUUGUGCUCCACUCUUCGGAUUCUUCCGAAGCCUUAUUUGGCCAUUAAGAGUCAGCUAAUGAAGGAGGCAGUGAAGAACAAUGGAAUGUUGAGAAAGAAGGACGCACGUCUGUUUUUGAAAAUUGACGUGAACAAGGCGCUGAAGAUUUAUGAAUUUUUUGUUCAGAUGGGCUGGUGUUCACAAGGAUGA